UAAAAUUAGCAGGAAAUGAGUCUGAAAGCCAUUGCAAGGUCUCGAAUGCCAUCUAUUCAACUAUUUUCAGGUGCGGUAUCAGCUCAUCGACAGUUUAUGUCAGCACUAACGGCGGGGGUAAGUAAUCAAGGUGUAGCAGCAGACGCGCUUUUGCAGACUCCAGAGAGGGAAGCGCGCCCCGCCCACGACCCCCUUCGGAGACUACAAGUCCCGUCAUGCAGCGAGGGAGCGCCGGGAGCCCCAAGGCCAACCCCGCCCCUUCCUCAGACCCCACCUCGGCCCCGCCCCUCCCGCCCGCAGCCCCCUCCCGCCCGGUCAGCCCCGAGGAGUUGCCCGGUGGCCGCGGCAGACGGAAGCCGGAGCGAGAGCCUCGGCGGCGGCAGGAUGGGCGACUCCAAAGUGAAAGUGGCUGUCCGGAUCCGGCCCAUGAAUCGAAGAGAAAUUGACUUGCAUACCAAAUGUGUGGUGGAUGUAGAUGCAAACAAGGUUAUUCUUAAUCCUGUAAAUACGAACCUUUCCAAAGGAGAUGCCCGAAGCCAGCCAAAGGUGUUUGCAUAUGAUCAUUGUUUCUGGUCCAUGGAUGAAUCAGUCAGAGAAAAAUACGCAAGUCAAGAAGAUGUUUUCAAGUGCCUUGGGGAGAAUAUCCUUCAGAAUGCGUUUGAGGGCUACAAUGCAUGUAUUUUUGCCUAUGGACAGACUGGAUCUGGAAAAUCUUACACCAUGAUGGGCACAGCUGACCAACCUGGAUUAAUCCCAAGACUUUGCAGUGGACUUUUUGAACGAACCCAGAAAGAGGAAAAUGAAGAGCAGAGUUUUAAAGUAGAAGUGUCCUAUAUGGAAAUUUAUAAUGAAAAAGUUAGAGACCUUCUUGAUCCCAAAGGAAGCCGUCAAACGUUAAAAGUCAGAGAGCACAGUGUGUUGGGACCCUAUGUCGAUGGACUUUCUAAACUGGCUGUCACAAGCUACAAGGAUAUCGAGUCAUUGAUGUCGGAGGGUAACAAAUCCCGUACUGUGGCUGCAACCAACAUGAACGAGGAGAGCAGCCGGUCUCACGCAGUCUUUAAGAUCAUCACACACACUUUAUAUGAUGUGAAGUCUGGGACAUCUGGAGAGAAAGUGGGCAAGCUGAGCUUGGUUGACUUAGCUGGCAGCGAGCGAGCCACGAAAACAGGAGCGGCAGGUGACAGGCUGAAGGAGGGCAGCAACAUCAACAAGUCCCUCACAACCCUCGGUCUGGUUAUCUCAGCCCUAGCGGAUCAGGGUGCUGGCAAAAGCAAGAAUAAAUUUGUUCCAUAUCGUGACUCAGUUCUCACUUGGCUGCUCAAAGACAGUCUUGGGGGUAACAGCAAGACAGCCAUGGUGGCUACUGUGAGUCCAGCAGCUGACAACUAUGACGAAACCCUUUCAACCCUGAGGUAUGCGGAUCGUGCCAAGAACAUCGUGAACCAUGCUGUGGUGAAUGAAGAUCCCAAUGCACGAAUUAUCCGGGAGCUUCGGGAGGAAGUAGAAAAGCUCCGUGAGCAACUGACCAAAGCAGAGGCAAUGAAAUCUCCAGAGCUGAAGGACCGGCUGGAAGAGUCAGAGAAGCUAAUCCAGGAAAUGACUGUGACCUGGGAGGAGAAGUUAAGGAAAACCGAGGAGAUUGCCCAGGAGCGACAGAAACAGCUGGAGAGUCUGGGAAUAUCGCUGCAAUCUUCCGGAAUUAAAGUUGGGGAUGAUAAAUGUUUUCUCGUUAAUCUGAAUGCUGAUCCUGCUCUGAAUGAACUUCUGGUUUACUACUUAAAGGAACAUACAUUGAUAGGUUCAGCAAAUUCCCAAGAUAUCCAGCUGUGUGGAAUGGGAAUUCUUCCUGAACAUUGUAUCAUAGACAUCACAUCAGAAGGCCAGGUUAUGCUGACUCCUCAGAAGAACACCAGAACGUUUGUAAAUGGCUCUUCUGUAUCCAGUCCUGUUCAGCUACACCAUGGGGACAGGAUAUUAUGGGGAAACAACCACUUCUUCAGACUUAACUUGCCUAAAAAGAAAAAGAAAGCUAGUGGAGAGGAUGAGGAACAAGACCCGUCCAUGAAGAAUGACGCCAGUUCUGAGCAGCUGGAUGUAGACGGAGACUCCUCCAGUGAGGUGUCCAGUGAGAUCAACUUCAGUUACGAGUACGCGCAGAUGGAGGUGACCAUGAAGGCCCUGGGCAGGAAUGAUCCCAUGCAGUCCAUAUUGAACAGCCUAGAACAACAGCACGAAGAGGAGAAACGGUCUGCCCUGGAGCGCCAGAGGCUCAUGUAUGAACACGAACUAGAACAGCUCCGGCGACGGCUGUCUCCGGAGAAACAGAACUGCCGGAGCACGGACAGAUUUUCUUUCCACUCACCCAGUGCUCAGCAGCGGCUGAGGCAGUGGGCCGAGGAGAGAGAAGCCACCCUGAAUAACAGCCUGAUGAGGCUGAGGGAACAAAUUGUUAAAGCCAAUUUGUUGGUGAGAGAAGCUAGUUACAUUGCAGAAGAAUUGGAUAAAAGAACAGAGUAUAAAGUAACCCUCCAGAUUCCAGCCUCCAGCCUGGAUGCCAACAGAAAGCGAGGCUCUCUCCUUAGUGAGCCUGCCAUCCAGGUGAGAAGAAAAGGAAAAGGGAAGCAAAUUUGGUCUUUGGAAAAACUGGACAACAGGUUGUUGGAUAUGAGAGACCUUUAUCAGGAGUGGAAGGAGUGUGAAGAAGAUACCCCAGUGAUACGGUCUUACUUCAAGCGUGCGGAUCCCUUCUAUGAUGAGCAGGAGAAUCACAGUCUCAUUGGGGUGGCUAACGUCUUCCUGGAGUCCCUCUUCUAUGAUGUGAAGUUACAAUAUGCUGUUCCAAUUGUCAACCAGAAAGGAGAGGUGGCGGGCCGGCUGCAUGUGGAGGUGAUGCGCAUCAGUGGGGACGUGGGGGAGAGACUUGCCGGUGGUGAUGAUGCCCCAGACGCCUCCUUUGAUAAGGAGACCCAGGAGAACAAGCUUGUAUGCAUGGUUAAAAUACUUCAGGCCACUGGAUUGCCACAGCAUCUGUCCCACUUUGUAUUCUGCAAGUAUGACUUCUGGGAUCAGCAGGAGCCUGUAAUUGUUGCACCCGAAGUAGAUACCUCAUCCUCUCCUGUCAGCAAGGAACCUCAGUGCAUGGUGGUCUUUGAUCAUUGCAGUGAGUUUUCCGUUAGCAUCACUGAAGACUUUAUUGAGCAUCUUUCAGAAGGGGCGUUGGCAAUUGAAGUCUAUGGCCAUAAGAUGAAUGAUCCUCGGAGAAACCCAGCCCUAUGGGACUUGGGGAUUAUCCAGGCAAAAACACGCAGUCUUCGGGACAGAUGGAGUGAAGUCACGAGAAAAGUGGAAUUCUGGGUUCAAAUCUUGGAACAGAAUGAGAAUGGUGAAUACUGCCCUGUAGAGGUAAUUUCUGCAAAGGACGUGCCAACAGGAGGAAUCUUCCAGCUCCGGCAGGGACAGUCCCGGCGAGUUCAAGUAGAAGUGAAGUCUGUGCAGGAAUCCGGGACUUUACCGCUGAUGGAAGAGUGUAUAUUGUCUGUUGGCAUUGGAUGUGUAAAAGUCAGAGCACCCAGGUCACCCAAGAUGCAGGAGACCUUCCAUGAGGAAGAGGAGGACAUGGACAGCUACCAGGAUCGGGAUUUAGAGAGACUACGUAGAAAAUGGCUAAAUGCAUUAACAAAACGUCAGGAGUACUUGGAUCAACAACUGCAAAAGCUUGUCAGUAAACAUGAUAAAACAGAGGAUGAUGCUGACCGUGAAGCUCAACUUCUAGAGAUGAGAUUGACCCUGACCGAGGAGAGGAACGCAGUCAUGGUCCCCUCGGCUGGCAGUGGGAUUCCAGGCGCCCCAGCGGAAUGGACUCCGGUUCCUGGAAUGGAAACACACAUUCCUGUUAUAUUCCUUGACCUAAAUGCUGACGAUUUCAGCUCUCAGGAUAAUCUUGAUGACCCCGAAGCUGGUGGAUGGGAUGCUACCCUCACUGGGGAAGAAGAGGAUGAGUUCUUUGAACUACAGAUUGUCAAGCAGCAUGAUGGAGAGGUGAAAGCCGAAGCCUCCUGGGACUCCGCAGUGCACGGCUGCCCACAGCUCAGUAAAGGCACACCUGCGGAUGAGCGAGUGUUUCUGAUUGUGCGGGUGACGGUCCAGCUCAGCCACCCGGCUGACAUGCAGCUGGUGUUACGCAAGCGCAUUUGUGUCAAUGUUCAUGGCCGGCAGGGUUUUGCUCAGAGUCUCCUAAAAAAGAUGUCACAUCGAAGUUCUAUUCCAGGCUGUGGAGUGACUUUUGAAAUUGUCUCCAAUAUUCCAGAGGAUGCCCAGGGAGUAGAGGAACGAGAAACAUUAGCAAGGAUGGCAGCUAAUGUUGAAAACACAGCUUCUGCUGACUCGGAGGCUUACAUUGAGAAGUACCUCAGGAGCGUGCUAGCGGUGGAGAACCUUCUCACUUUAGACCGUCUUCGCCAGGAAGUUGCUGUGAAGGAGCAGCUGACAGGGAAAGGGAAGCUGAAUAGGAGGAGCAUUAGUUCCCCAAACGUGAACAGAUUGUCUGGCAGCCGACAGGAUCUCAUUCCAUCCUGUAGUCUAGGUAGCAACAAGGGCCGGUGGGAAAGUCAACAGGACGUGUCGCAAACUACAGUGUCUAGAGGAAUAACUCCCUCUGCCGCCCCCCUCCCUGGUUGUCCCCAAAAUAACCAUUCUCCUGAUCCAGGACUCAGUAGCCUAGCGGCCUCCUACUUGAAUCCAGUAAGAUCCUUUGUGCCGCAGAUGCCGAAGCUGCUGAAGUCUCUCUUCCCUAUCCGCGAUGAGAAAAGGGGCAAACAGCCGUCACCCCUGGCACAUCAGCCCGUGCCCCGGAUAAUGGUGCAGUCUGCCCUCCCGGAUGGCGGGAUGCCCAGGAUGGCAGAGGUGCCCCGAGAGAGCGCAGGGUUGCGCGUCACCCCGGACGUGGCUGUGCCGGCUGCCCCUGCGCCCAAGACCACUUCUGGCUCCCCGGCCCUCGAAGGCGCCGACGGGCCACCCAGCCCCCUGAGCGAGGCGUCCAGCGGCUACUUCUCGCACAGUGUCUCCACCGCCACCCUUUCCGACGCAUGCGGCCCUGAUGUCAUGGCCUCGUCCCCUCCGGCCCCGGUCCUGCCGGCCCUGCCGCUUCCCGCACACCACCCGGCCCUGGGGACCAGCCGGCCCAGGAAGGGGCUUUGGCGGCAGCGGAGAAGCAGGACGAGGCAGCAGGCGCCUUCCAGCCCCGGGCGAAGUCGGCCGCUGGCCUAGAGCCCGACGUCUCCAAGCCUCAGCCGCCUCCUGAGCCCCGCUCCCAGCCGCCCGCCCCCGCAUCCCCGUUCCGGAUCCAGAAGGUGCGGACCUCUGAGCUGAAGUCGUUCACGCGUAUGCUGGGCGGGGACCCUGGCGGCCCCGCGGGGACCGAGGAGGAUCCGCCAGCCUCUGGGGGGCCAGGCGACAGCAGCGCCGGGGGACAGCCCCUGGGAAAGCUGGACGUUUCCUCCGAUUCUGAAGAAGCCAGUGAAGUCCCGAGUGGCUCAAAGAGGGAGAAUAUGUCACCGUGGGCACCAACAAGACGGGCAUCGUGAGAUACGUGGGGCCCACCGACUUUCAGGAGGGCACGUGGGUCGGAGUGGAGCUCGACUUACCCUCAGG